GCGUACCGGAAGCCCCGUCAGUGCAGCGCGUGCGCAAAGGGAGUCAGACGGGAAUGUGAACGGACACUCAACGGAACUUCAAGGGCGCUACGCGAGCUAUGCUGUCUCCGGAGGCAGAGCGGGUGCUGCGAUACCUGGUCGAGGUAGAGGAGCUCGCCGAAGAAGUGCUAGCGGAUAAGCGGCAGAUUGUGGACCUUGACACCAAAAGGAAUCAGAACCGAGAGGGCCUGAGGGCCCUGCAGAAGGAUCUCAGCCUCUCUGAAGAUGUGAUGGUUUGCUUUGGGAGCAUGUUUAUCAAGAUGCCUCACUCUCAGACGAAGGAAAUGAUUGAGAAAGAUCAGGAACACCUGGAUAAAGAAAUAGAAAAACUCCGGAAACAACUUAAAGUGAAAGUCAACUGUCUCUUUGAGGCUCAAGGCAAGCCGGAGCUGAAGGGCUUUAACUUGAACCCACUCAAUCAGGAUGAGCUUAAAGCUCUCAAGAUCAUCUUGAAAGGAUGAGACUGCAGUACUAAGAUGGGGACCUAUGACCAGCAUCUCCCCUGCCGUCAUGGAAGACCCAGUACCUCUGGCCUUAAAACCUGCAAGGACAGGAUUGGCCCUGCAGGGGCACAGCCAUCAGGAAUCUGGCCGUGGCUCCUGCACAAAGCUUCUGUCAUAGUGCUUGGCUGCUCUGUGGCAGCAGGGAUCCCUCAGCCUGUCCCUGUGCACUGUGCCUGACCACUGGAGUUCGGGGGACACAAGACCUAUUGACAGGGCCUGGCAGCCACCAGUAGGUGUGGGUGUGAGAAUGACUGUAGCAGGCGCUUCUCAACAGUGGCCUGCUGUCCAUAUGGGCCUGUGUGAGGGGAUGGGGGUUGGGAGAUGGGAGAGGGAUAGAGCCGGAGUCUCUGGCCAGCAUUCCUCAGAACAGAGAGGUGGUUUGGGGCAGCGAGUGGUGGGAGUGGAAUAAAGCAGGAGUGCAGGCAAGUGGCCUCUGCGGGAAACACAGACUCUGAGUACUCUGUGUUCACACAGCUAUCUAUGGGCAGGCACAUUCCCCCACUGCCUCCAGCUCUGGCCUUGUUCCUGCUGCUUCCCAGCUCCUGUGAUUGCUCUUCGGUUGGGUGAGCCUUGCAGAGGUGACUCAGGAAGGUCUAGUGGGUUAACCCUGACUACUGCUCUGUGAACGUCCUCCCUGCCUUCCUGGUCUGAGAUCCUGGUGUUUGUGCUGAGGGGAUAAAACUGUCCUGUAUGCUCUUUGAGGCUUAAUAAAUGUUACCUAAAUGAACAAA